AUGGAGUCCAGAUCCUGGGAAAGCUUGUCAAAUGAAAAGCCAAAGGAGGGGGAGCGCUCCGAUCUGCGACUCGUCCGCGAUGACAUCUCUCUCGAUAUAUUUCUCGUGGCCGUUGCAGAGCUGUCCGAGAGAUUUACCUAUCGGGCGGUAACAGCACCAAUACAGAAUUACAUUCAGAAUGCACGGGACGAUCCGUUGCACCCGGGGGCCCUGGGAAUGGGCCAGACAGUAGCGACCAGUAUUAACUAUGUUUUUGUGGGGUGGUGCUACCUAUCUCCGGUUCUAAUGGGUAUCAUAGCAGAUAGCUUUCUGGGUCGCUACAAAACCAUCGUUCUGGGAACGGGGCUAUCUGCAUGCGGUGUAUUGAUCUUGUUUGCUACAUCUCUCCCAGGGAGCCUGGAGCAUGGAGCUGGUCUCCCCGGACUCAUGGCCGCGUUGGUUUUGCUCGGACUGGGGACUGGUGCGAUCAAGAGCAAUGUCGCACCACUGAUUGCGGAGCAGUAUCACUCUAUCGGGGCACGGGUGAAGACCUUGCCAGAUGGUGAACAGGUUCUGGUAGAUCCAAACGUUACGAUUCAGGCAAUAUAUGCCCGAUAUUACUGGUCAGUUGCCUUUCCCAUUGUCUCCUUUUCGCCCACCCUGACAUGGUUAGAGCUUAAAGUAGACUUCUGGGCCGCCUUUAUGCUACCGUUAUGCUUUUGGGCCUUGGCAAUCGUAGCGCUUCUUGCUGGUCGCACGCGUUAUAUUGUGCGUCCGCCGAACGGAUCAGCUAUUACUAAGGCCAUGCGAGUCCUAUGGAUUGGCAUCAAAAGCGGAGGCAGUCUCGAGGCAGCUCGGCCUUCGUCUCUGGAAAAGGCUGGUAUCCCCGUGCAAUGGGAUGAUGUGUUCGUGGAUGAACUUAAACGUGCCCUGGUGGCAUGUCGUGUAUUCCCUUUGUAUUGGAUUUGUAACGGGCAGGCAAGUUCGAAUCUUGUCAGUCAAGGUGCCUCAAUGAACACUCAUGGCAUACCGAAUGAUAUGAUGGGAUGUCUUAAUCCGAUCACGAUACUCGUUGCAGUACCGUUGUUUGAGCGCUUUAUUUACCCAACGUUGCAUCGCUUUCAUAUCAAGUUCAAACCCAUUAGCCGGAUCACGACAGGCUUUCUCUUGGCGUCCUGCGCGAUGGCUUUAGCCGCCGGUCUCCAGGAACUGAUCUACGAGACCUCCCCAUGCCAAAGGAACCCGACGGCCGACAGGUGCAAAGGAAUCAGCCUACUCUUGCAAAUACCCGUUUACUGUCUGAUGGGUCUAUCGGAGCUGUUGGCAAUGCUGUCCGGGAUGGAGUACGCCUACACGAAAGCGCCAAAGUCCAUGCGUAGCAUCAUCAUGUCCCUUUUUCUUUUGGCCGGGGCUUUCGGUUCCUCUAUUGGUGUCUCCCUUUCGCCAACAUCUGUCGACCCCAAGGUUCUGAUAGAAUACGUAUCACUCAGUGCCACCAUGCUAGUGGCUGCUAUCACCUUCUUUCUGUGCUUCCGAAAAUACAAUAGGAUGGAGGAGAGUAUGAACAAGCUGCUGGAUGCAGAUUGCCCGAGAAGGCGUUCAUGGGACACAGAUGACACACCUCGGCUGGAGAGGCAGUGA